AUGACUCCGACUUCGGCUACUGUUCAGCAGCACCAGCAGCAUCAGCAGCAUCAGCAGCAGCACCAGCAGCAUCAGCAUCACCAGCACCCCCAUGCGCACCCGCCCCAGAACCAGCACCAGCACUUGCCCCCUCAGCACCAUCGCACCUCGAUCGAUCACCAGCACUAUCCCCCCGCGUACAUGCACGACCCCCCGUACCAGCUCGACAUCGAUAGGCGUCACUCGUAUCACCCUGGCCAAGGCGCGCCCGGCUACACUCCCGGCCCCAUCCGCCCAUCCACUUCGAAGCACCAGGCCCACCGUGGUCACCCCGGUCACCCCGGUCACCCCGGUCAGCUCCCCUACCAUCCCGAGAUGGUUCCGUUCCCUGGGGAUGGCAUGCGAACGCCGAUUUCGCGUACAACCAAAGCCUGUGACUCGUGCCGCGCACGAAAGGUCCGGUGCAAUCCCGAUCCCAGCGCCCUCAUCCCAGGCACUUGCACUCGCUGUAGUGAGGCCAACCGUGAAUGCGUGUUCACUUCCACGCAAAAGAAACGCGGCCCGGCCCCAGGCAAGACGGCGAGGUCGGCCACGUCCUCCAGCUCCGCCGCGCGGGCAAACGCUGGACCAGAUGAGACGUAUCGUGAACGCCGCGAAACGUGGAGCUCCAGCUCCGCGCCCCAGUACUCUCAUCGCGAGUAUCCCCAGAUGGUACCUGGACCGUACUCGGCUCCCGCACACGGUGGUGAGGCGUGGCCCUGGGCACCAGGAGCACAACCUCCUGCCGGCGAACCCAUGCCCCGGGGUCCUCCCGAAGCACCGCUCUCGGCGCCUCCGGCCCACUAUUACCACCCGCCGCCGCCGUAUGACCCGCGCGAGCAGCCUACCGCAUACGACUCACGCGAGCGUCGUGCCGAGGCCCGUGGCCAUCGUGAGCCUGUCCCAUACGAUGAACGUGGUGAGCCCCGUACCGAGAGGCAUCAUCCGUACCCCCGUCCGCCCCGCUCGGCGGGCCAGGAGCGCCGCGACAGCGAACGUCGCCCCUCAGUUGGUGGCUGGGGAGAGCAGCACCACCACCAACGCUCCGGACCCUCGACCCCCGUGUAUGCUCCCGCGCCUCUGUCGGCCCCUCUCCACCCAGCUGCACACUACCCACCUCAGCAUGGUCCGGCCCCGCCUCCGCCGCAGGCCCAUGGCCCUCAACCCCCGCCUGGCUAUCCGCCGCACCAUGCAGCGCCUCCUUUCGACCCUCAAUACACGAUGCGCCCUCACCCUGCAUCCGGAUGGCCCCGCCGUGACCACGACCACGAGCAUUACCGUCGCGGAGAGCGUUCUCCAAGCCCCAGAGAUCGCCGCCGCCGCGACUAA